AUGAAAACCUUUAGCAUGCAAAAUGUGGUGCCAGACGACAUGGACUAUACUGAUCCGUCGAAAAAGUUCCGGCAAGUUCGGGCGUACACGGCAGCGCCAGGACAGCGGCCCGAUCCGUAUGCGAGGAAGGCGCCCAAGAACAUUGAGCUCUGCUGGGCGUGUGGGUGGACGUGGAAAAACCAGACGCUCUCGUCGUACGGGCCUCGAGUGAGGGUGAUGCAUACGAAAAACAACAAUGGCAUCUGGACCAUCGGGUCCCGUUGGGUGCUUCACGACCAGCCCAACGAUCGGUACCUGGGGAACCACUACAUGACGGUGAAAUUCCUCCUUCGGCAGCCCGGCUUGACGAUUCCUCUCCCCAAGGAGAUCCACAGCCUGAGCCAACCGACCGAUCCGAUCCUCUUUACCUUGGAGUCGCGGGUGCCAGGGCUGCCGCUCAACCAGGUUUGGCUUGGCCUCUCCCCGGACGAGAAGGCCAGCUAUAGCCGCCAGAUGGCCGAUAUUCUCAAACAGAUGCGACAGAUGACGUCGCCUCGAAUGCAAAAGGUGGACGGUAGCCGACUCGACGACCGCAUCGUGAGUGUAUGCAGCGGCAAGCAGGUCGGGAGCUGUUUCAAGAUCGGAUACGACGUCGAUCAAUGGUUUGAGGACCUUGGACCCGAUCUACGCAUAGGACUGGCCUGCAGCCUCGAGACUACCGAUCCCAUCGUCAUCGAAGAGAAAUUCCGCGAACUCAGAGACAACUUUCCCCCCUGUGAGCCGUAUGUCCUCGCCCAUGGUGACCUCAACCUCACGAACAUCAUCGUCAAAGACGGCAAAAUCCAGGGUAUCAUCGACUGGGAAAUGGCUGGAUACUAUCCUUGGUGGAUGGACCGGUGGGUUCAAGGCAAUUUGCCGGGAGGGCCGGGUUCUGAACUGGACACAGAUGAACUAUUCGAUCCAAUUUGGAAGGAGCUUGAGCCAGACUUGUCCCGGGAAAAAUUCGUGGAGCUGGUUCAUCGUCCGAUUGAAGAGGCAACCCAGGCCUUCUCCAGUUGUACUAAAGACCAUCCAUACCGCAACGUCCCAGAGGGACUAAUCGAGGACUGCCCAAUGUGGCUAAAGGACUCCUUUUGCGAAUGUCAGCCCAUCCAAGGACACUUCAAGCCGCAAUUUUGGGGAGUGGAGCAAUCUUGUGAAAUCGACGCAAGGUGGAAUCCAGAAGUAGAUACUAGGAUGCUUGAGGAGCGAUAUAAGAGAAAGGACCCACGUGCUCUGGCUUCGACGCUUGGGAAAGAUUUGGAAACACCGCCGAGUGGCAGUGGCCAAGACGAGUCGAAGUAA